AUGCCAGGUCUCGCGAGCUGGUUCAGAGGAGCCCGUCGAGAUUCGGACUCGCAGCCGACGGCCGAAAAGGCCACGAAAGGAGCCGAAGACACAGCCCCAAGGAGGUCUCUCAGUGCCAGGCCACGGCAGCCGCGGCAGCCGCGGCAGGAAUCGGCCCCGCCGCGGCAGGAAUCGACCCCCAAGACUCCAAAUGACAAGAAGGACCUGGCCGACGAGAGCUAUGACCGAAAUGCCGUCAAGCUGCGCACGCCGGUCGAAGUCACCAUGGCAAAAUCUGGAGGUAAGGGUGGCAAGCAAGGCAAGAGUCUCUGGAUGGGUGCUGAUCAGUCGACGAAGGCUACCAGCUUCUUCAGCGCGAAAGGAGCCCGACCUGAAACAGGGAAAGGCGACCUGGAAGGCAAGGGCUCUCAGAAAGGCCAGAAUGGCGGUGAGCAUGCUAGCCUUGGAAAGAACCGAACUGACCUGUGGACGGGCACCGAGCAGAGCCAGGGCCAGGCCGAUGUGCGUGAUGCGCGCAGCGUCACAGGCACGCUCGCUCCUCGGAGAUCAAGGUGGCGCUCUCUAGCAAGCGUUCGCCUAAACGAAGUAGUGCAGGGCAAAGUGACCUGCUUUGUGGAGGACGGUGCAAAGGUUGACUUUGGCUGCUUGGUCGAGGCCCUGCUGCCGAACUCCCACAUUGACUUCCCGGCCUUUCCUGGUGAUUUGUUAAUGUCCCUUGUGGUCGAUGAGAUCGAUGCGAAGGAAGAGCGUGUCGUCGUGAAGUUCAUGGAUGAUACCGGUUGGGAGGAGAACUACUGCUCCGAUGGUUACUGUGAGACAGACGUCGAAGAUGAGCGUCCAGGCGAAAGAACCAACGGCUCCCCGCCGAAGGUGACCCCCAGCAUGCAUUCUACCAGGGAGGUUUUCCCUGAGCCGGAUGAGGUGCCAAGGCUCACGCGUUCUGAGAUGCGAGGUGGGCCGACUGCGCCACGGCCAAAUCGAUUCCGGCGGCAGCUUCAAAGCAGUGACCCUGACUCAGGUGGCGAUCAGGAUGAGCUCGUGGCGGAGCUGCUGCCUGACAUUCUGAAGGUUCAAGAGAAUGUUCGCAGUGAGACUUCUCGUUCCAGCGCAGAGGAGGAGGAGGAGUCUCGCCCUGCAGAGCUGGCAGAGGCCGAGGCCCCUCAAGGACCUCCGCCAGAAUGUGAGGACGUCUUGAAGGAGGACUCGAGCCGUACAGCGCUUCACAGCCCUCCGAUCAAGAACCUCUUGCGGCAGCUGGCUUCUGGCCAACCCGGAGCUGCUGAAGAGUGUGGAAAGGUGGUCGCCGCUGCGGACCGGCCAGUGCAGGCCUGUGCAGCUGUAAGUGCUGCACUGCGGGUCUUGCUGCGGGAGCCAUCCACUGCUCUUGCCGCCUUGAAAGGCAUGGUAAGCCUGCAUGAAGAGGUCGGGCGGGCCUCGGAGCCCUUCAUGGUCCGGAACCUCCCGGUCCUCUUAGACAAGUUUGGGAGCCGGCAACGAGACGUUCAGGUUGCUGCCGAAGAUGCGGCAGAGACCCUCAUCGCGAGACUGAACCCUUAUGGCGUGGAAACGGCACUUCCAGCAGUGCUUGGAGGCCUGAAGCAGAAGGAGAAGACCGAGGUCAAGGUGGGGGCCCUGCGCCUCCUUGCGCUCAUGCGGGACGAGGACACGAUCAAGCCACUGGCCUGCCAGCUGGAUCGGGUCAUGCCACACAUUGCCGAGAUGCUCAAUGACGUGAAGCGCGAGGUGCGCCAGACCGUUGGGGGCUCGGUAGCCGGGUGGGGCAUACGAGCGAACUGUCACAUUCGGACGAGGGGCCUGGAUGGCUAUGGAUAUGACAAUGGUGGAAAUAUGGAUAGCCAGUAUCAUGCUGAGGCCGCAGAUGCCGCAAAGGUUCUUUUCGAAUGCGCCCAGAACAAGGAUCUGGAUCCGUAUCUCGAUGAGAUCAUCAAGGCAACGGGGCGGGGGUGGGGGGUGACGGCAGACCGGUCGCUUGUGCCCACCUCACCUGGGUCACUUGUGCCCGCGUCCUCGCGGGUGACCCGAAAUGACGUGGGCACAAGUGACCCGGAUCACGUGGGCACAAGUGACGGGGAUGCCCGCACCACCAAAAGCUUGGGAGCUGCACAUUCCGAGGCAAUGAUGGAUCAGGAGGUUGAGACUCCAGCUCUGGCGAUCGUGAUGCCGCUGAUUGUACGCGGUCUGAAAGACAGGGAUGAGAGGACAAAGCGCCGUGCCCUUGUGAUUGCGGACAACAUGUGCAAGCUCGUGCCGGAUGUCACCGAGAUCCAGCCAUUCCUCCCGUCGCUGAUCCCCCUGGUGGAGAAGGCAACACACAACAUCUCCGACCCAGAGGUGCGAAAUGUUGCAAGCCGGUGCUACCGAACCUUGCAAACUGCAGAGAAGGCAGACCGUCGUCGCUUCAUCAGCAAGACCGCAGUUCUGAACCUCCUGCAAGAGAAGAUCCCAGAGGAAAAAACACAGCUUGUCAGCGAACUGGUUGCGGAUUAUGUGGCUUCGCUGUGCACCUGCAUCAGCGCAUGUCGCAGCUUUGAGUACGCAGAGUGGUGGCAGUGUAUCGCGCCGUACCUCUCGCCAUCGAUUCUGUCAGUCGAGGACUGCGAGGAUCUGGUGCCAGACCUCCUGGAAAGCUGCUACGACGCAGCAGAGGGCGAUGAUGUUGAAGACCUUGACGAAGAAGGCGAAGACUUGUGCAACUGCGUUUUCACUCUGGGCUACGGUGCUCUCACACUUCUGAACAAUACCAGGCUGCACCUCAAGCGUGGGAAGUGCUAUGGGCUCUGUGGUCCAAACGACUGUGGAAAGAGCACCCUUUUGCGAGCCAUCAACAACGAGCAGGUGGAUGGCUUUCCGCCAAAGAGCGAGCUCGUGACAGCAUUCGUGGAGCACGGUAUCGGUGAGAAAGAGCCGGAGUGCGUCGUCGCUGCGUUGCGCAGCAUCGGAUUUGAUGACCAGAAGCUCAAGCUUGGACUUGUCAGAGCCAUGCUGAUGUGUGCGGACAUCUUGCUGCUAGAUGAACCGACAGGACACUUGGACGUUGCAAACGUGUCGUGGUUGGGAGACUACUUGCUCAGCCUCAGCCGAGAUAGCAGCCGGCCGGUGACGACAAUCGUGGUGUCGCACGACACCUCCUUCCUGGACAAGGUUUGCACACACGUCAUCAAUGUGAAGCAGAGGAAGUUGAAGACAUACAAGGGCAACAUCACCGACUUCGUGCGACGAUGCCCUGAAGCCAAGUCGUACUUGAGCCUGACGAACGACAAGCAGCGCUUCAUCUUGCCUGAGCCAGGAAUGCUGGAGGGAGUGAAGUCCAAGGGCAAGAAGCUUCUUAAAAUGCACAAUGUAACAUACACAUAUCCUGGCAACCAGACGCCGACCCUCUUCAACGUGAGCAUCGAGGUGUCUCUUCUCAGCCGCGUGGCGGUGAUUGGGCCCAACGGCGCGGGGAAGUCGACGAUGAUCAAGGCCUGUCCGCUUGUCGAGCGGCUGUCGACAACGGGUGAUGCCCUGGUGGGAGAGCUUCCUGUUACGGGAAAGAGCAUCGUUUGGAAGCACCCGAACGUGCGAAUUUCCUACGUUGCCCAGCAUGCUUUCCAUCAUGUGGAGCAGCACCUGGACAUCACGCCCACUCAGUACUUGCUUUGGCGCUUUGCCGGUGGCGAAGACCGUGAAGCUCUGAACUAUCGGUCAGAGGAAGUCAGUGGCGAGAAGCGGAAAUACUGGCUGAACGAAGCCGGGGUGUUGUGCAAGUGCACCAAUCCCAAGGAGGAGGCCAAAGCAGUGGACCCUGAGUUGAUCCUCGGCAGGAAGAAGUCGAAGUCAAAGGCAAACUCUGGCGAUGAGAAGUACGAGUACUCAGUCAAGUGGCACGGCUUCGGCAGCGAAAGCAUCAUGUGGGUCCCUCGCGAUAUCUUGUUGGAGAUGGGGCACUUGCGUCUGAUACAGCGCGAGGUGGAUGAGAGGCAAGCAGCAGCGCACGGCCUUGUCUCGCGGCCUCUGACACAGCCGCAGGUAGAAGAGCACUUGGCUGGGUUUGGCCUGGACUCGAACCUGGCAUCCCACACAAGGCUGGGGAUCCUGUCUGGCGGCCAGAAGGUGAAGGUCGUUCUGGGAGCAGCCAUGUGGUUAUCCCCCCACAUCUUGAUCCUGGACGAGCGUGAGCCCGAGGCGAAGAGAGCAGCAGCGAGCGCAACCGAUGUGCAAGUUGUUGUGGCUCCUGGCAGACUAUGGCUGACUUUGGCAGGCCUCAAGGAGUUUGGAGGUCAUCGUCAUUUCCCACAACCGCGAGUGUUCUGCCAUGCAGUUUGCGACGAGCGGUGGCUCAUGGAUGCUGGACGCCUCACCAGAGAAGGGCAGCUCAGCAAAGCCGAUGUGGCGCUGGAGGGCAAGACUCUAGCGGACGAGUACACAGAUGAGUUCGGCAACGUGCACAAGAUCAAAAAGCAGAACCACACCGAGAAGGAGCUGAAGAAGAUCAAGCGCCAGAAGGAGCUGGCGCGCAAGCGCGGCGAUGUGUUCAUUGAAGAUGAAGAUGAGUGGUGGGAGAAGCUUCAAGAAGAUGUCUCAAAACCUGAGGAGCCGGGACCUCACAGGACUCCAUGA